AUGAGAACACGGAAGCGCAAAAAAGUAGCGCCGGAACCGUUUGCGCUACAAGUAGUAGAUAUCACUUCCCCUUUUUUUUUUGCGCUACGUGGAAGUAUCACAUCCUCCAUUUGUUUUUGCGCUGGUGGAAGUAUCACUUCCUCACAUUUUGCGCUACGUGGUAGUACUGCAAAAAAAUGGUUACGCAAGACAUUUUUUGCAGUAAAGUACGCUACCAGCGCAAGACAUGCCCAUCUCUGUGAAGAGAAGCAAACCCGAGUAAGCACAAGUGGUAUCAGGUCUCGAAUAAGGAAGUCUAACUCACAUCAAACACAAAAAUUGCAAAUGUUUCAGUUGAUAUUGUAUUGUCGUCAUUUGGUUACACAGAUGUUGAUGAUUCUGUUAUUUAUUCGCUAUGUAGCUGUAGGUAAUUUCGCAGAGAACUUUUAA